UUAAAUCCGCGUUUUUCUCACUUUUCUGCUCGUUUCUGUCGUUUUAGCUUCUAAUUUUGCGAAAAGAAAUGGAAAUCGAUGUUACAAAUAAGAAGAGAUUUGUGUGCGUUCUAUUUCCAGGUAAUGUCGUCGACAUCGACGCCGCACUGCAAAGACUCGGAGGCAUCAGGACAUUGACGGAGACAUUCAACUCAUUACAGAAACGUCCACAGCUGCAGUUUCGGCCAGGUGAUACCGGUAGCAUUCCUGUCUGGGGAUCAAGGCGCCAAACAUCACUUUUAUUACUACACAUAAGAAAACGACGUACUAAACAACUUGAUUUGGACAGUCAUCUCUCUGAUGCUUGCACAGUCAGAUUUGCAGGCAUUGUAGACACCAUCUUUGAUUUUCCAGCUCCAGCUGACUUUCAGUAUUUACCUCCAGGGUUAAGAACAGACUCUCAGUCUGGACAUGCGAUACACGAUUUAUCCGUUACGGAAAUCCAAGGUAUCGAUAUGCUAGACAAGAAGCAAGCGAUACACAUACCACCAGCCGUAUUCAGCAAUAUUAGUAAACCUCUUCCUUAUCGAUUUACAUCAAACACCUCUUCAACAAAAUCGGUGAAUCCAAAAGGAGAAUUAAAUCCUGUUGGCAGGUACAGUAGAAUUAGAAGGCCAAGCCAUGCCACUAUGGUCUCUUUCCGUCACAAUGGUGUUCCAACUAAAUGUGACGAAGGUGGUCCACAUGUACCAGCAGAUCGAAUCGAAGCAGGACAACAGUUGUUUGACGAACGGCCUGUGUGGAGUCGAGUUGCAUUUCAAAGUGAGAUGCGGUUGAGUUCUGAGGCGACGAAAAAGCUCUUGCCCAGAGUUGCUUACCAUUUCACAUCAGGACCCUGGCAUCGAUUGUGGGUGAAGUUUGGAUAUGAUCCGAGGACUGAGAAAAGCAGCUAUAUUUAUCAAGGCGUUGAUUUCCGACAACGAAAGCGAAAACUUCAAAUUGGUGAAACGAGUAAUUCUGGGCCAGGAGUAAUGAAAAUGAAUGUUGGCACUAACCUCAGUAGACAACUACCACAGUCAAGGGAACCAUCUCUCCCCGACCAACUCGGUGACAGCGAAACAAGAGACAAGGCAGCAAGCGAUUCUCAACGUUCAUAUGUGUUUCGGGCCGAUGCUGUUCCAACACUCCGUCAGUUCUUCUACCAACUUUGUGACAUUCAAGUGGAAGAAGUUGAGCAAAUGAUUCACGAUGUUCAAGUUGAAUCCACUUGCUCGGAAAAGGAUGGUUGGCUACCAGCAUCCUUUAUAGAAGACGUUCGGAAGAUUAUGCAUUCGAAACUGAGAGAUCUAGAAUUGACAGACCAAACGUCUUUGCCAUCUCCCGAUCCCUCGCAAUUGGGUGACGAAGACUAUUCAGAUGAUGAAUAUUAAUGGCUAUGAAAAUGUCUCACACCUGGACAGUGGAAGUCGACUAGCAACAAGAGUGCAUGACAUGUAGUGACAUAUCAUUGUAUUUUGUACAAAUGAUUACAAUUUCAAGAUACGUGUAUACGCACCACAGUUUUAAUUUUAAGAUCACUUCUUCCAAGUUGGGUUGUACAAUAAAAAUUGAUACAGCAGA